AUGCUGAAGUACGAUGAAUAAACCCAACGGCAACAAUUAUCACAAAUUCCAUCACUUCAACAAGUACUUAGUACAGCAACAUUUUCAAUAAAUGAACAACAAAAUACUGAAAAUCAUUUAACAUCAAAAGAAUGUGAUGAUCCACUUGUACAUCAUCUUUUUCGUUAUACUGAAUCAAUAUCCAAUGAAUUAGAAUCAAAACCAAUAACUGAAAAAAUGGAUCAUUGGUAUUUAGAUUUGAAAAAAAAUUUAAUGACUGAAUUUGAUAAAUUACGAUUACAAUUCAUUGAAGAAGCACAACAAAAUACUCUACGUGAAAAACAAGCCCAAGCUAAAGAAUAUAUACGUUUAAAUCAAGAUAUAAAAACUAUGCGUGACAUGUUAACACAUUAUGAACAUAAAAUUGAUCAAAAAGAUCAAGCCGAAAAAAAUCUUAAUAAAGCAUUAGAUUUAUUAUAUAAUAAAACAAUUGCUUAUCGUCGUUAUUAUGAAUGGCGUAUACUUCAUAUUGAAAGACGACGACAACAAUAUGCAUUAAUGCUUGCUAAACGAUUCUAUGAAGAUAAAAUGAAACGCAAAGCAUUAACAAAUUGGAAAACUGCAGUUGAACGAGAAUGGAAAAAACGUUUUGAAUUAGCUUGUGAAAAAAAAGCUAAAGACGUAUUGAUUGAAUUAGGUAAUGAAUAUGAAUUAAAAUAUAAACAAUUAGAAUUACAAUUAUUAAAUGCAAAUGAAGAAAUAGCACGUUUAAGAAUUGAUAAAGGUGAACAUGAUGAAGCCUUAAAAAAGGCUUUUAUGCGUGGAGUUUGUGCCUUAAAUAUGGAAGCAAUGUCGGUUUUACUUAAAAAUGAAAAUGAAUUAGAGACAACAACAUCAACAAAUGAAGAAAAACAACGACGAUGUUGUAAUCAUCAUGAUAAUGUUGAUGAACAAUUCAUUGAUGAAGGUAUUCCAUUAACUGGUGAUGAAGAAAAUGGUUCAAAAUCUUCAUCCUGUUGUCAUACAUUUCCAACACAUGUUUAUAAAGAACAUUUACCAAGUACAAUUUAUCGUACCGGAGAAGCACGUCCUAUUCGUCAUACAGGUACAAAUAAUAAUCAGCAUCGUCAUGUAACAUUUACUAAACGUCAAUCGACUGGAACAAGUCGCACUCGGUAUCCAAAUAAUAAUAAUAAUAUAUUAGUUGAACGACAUGCACCAACAAAUAAUAUUCGUUCAUAG